AUGACUAGCCAAGCGGUACCACGGCCGAUUGAGCAUCCGCCAACAGAUCUCGAGACAAUCUCACGCACCGAUGCUUCUAUCAUCUUCAAGCGCUUUACAGUGGAUGAUGCCUGGAAACUCGGCUGUGCGCUCAGAAACCGAUUGGUCUCCAUCCCGACACCGGUCGUAAUCAACAUCUCCCUCGCAAAUCAAAAUCAGCCGCUUUUCCAUGCGUGCACAAAUUCAGGAGUUAUGCCCGAUAAUGAUGUCUGGGUUGCAAGAAAGAGGAAGACGGUGCUGCGAUGGGGGGUCAGUACCUGGUAUAUGCAUUGCAAGUUUAAGGGGGACGAAACCCUGUUUCGGGAGAAGUAUGGUCUAGGAAAUAGUGCUGGGGAAUAUGCUAUUCAUGGGGGCGGGGUGCCGAUUCGAGUGGAGAAUGUCGAGGGUGUUGUUGCCGUUGUGGUUGUUAGUGGGUUGAAGCAGCAUGAGGAUCAUGGUGUCAUUUUAGAGGUGAUUCAAGAAAUGAAUCGGUAG